AUGAUUUCUCACUGCCUGGCAAUCUUCCUGGUCAGCAAAAUCAGUGGAUUGAUGCUGGGAAACCUGAAUCACUGUUGGGACUGUAGAAAUAGUCGCCGAACAGGAUUAUCACCUGGGAUAGCGAUGAAUCGCCUGAAAACGCCGGCCAAGACGCCGAAGUCUGUGGUGAAGUCACGCCCAAACUCCGGAGACUCUAACGGCGCUCGAGAUCCCGUAAAUGUCUUCUGCCGCAUCCGGCCGUUGCAGUGCGAGUCCGACAUGAGUUGCCUGAAAGUCUCCUCGCCCACGACAGUCCUCCUGACGCCUCCGGAGAUCGCCAUCAACUACAGAGUGGGAACCCUGAAGGAGACGCAGCACACGUUCAAGCACGUCUUCGACGUGAGAUCGCGCCAGCGAGAGGUCUUCAGUGUGGUGGCGCAGCCCCUCGUGGAGGGUCUCAUCCGUGGCAAGAAUGGCUUGUUGUUCACGUACGGCGUCACUGGCAGUGGCAAAACCUACACAAUGACCGGCGACACACAGAACCAAGGCAUCAUGCCGAGAUGCCUGGACGUUCUCUUCAGCACAAUCAGCGAUUAUCAGACAAAGAAGUUUGUCUUCAAGCCAGAUCGUCUGAACGGAUUUGAGAUCCUUUCCGAGGCGGACGCAAUGUUCGAGCGCCAGGCGGAGUUGCAUUCCAAGCUCACGAAGCUCAAGCGUAAGGAUUCGGAUCCGGAAAUCGCCUCGAAAGCAUCAACGGACGCAUUUCAACUCGGUGGAAUCGACGAGGACAACAUGUACGCUGUAUUUAUCACUUAUGUGGAGGUUUAUAACAACAGUGUUUACGAUCUGCUGGAAGAAGGGAACAUCCAGAAAACCCUCCAGAGCAAGAUCAUCCGGGGCGACGCCACGAACAACAUGUACGUCCACGGAGUGACUGAAGUGGAGGUGAAGUCCAUGGAGGAUGCCAUCGAGGUGUUCCAGUUGGGACAGAAACGCAAGCGAAUGGGUCACACAAUCCUCAAUGCGGAAUCCAGUCGAAGUCACUCUGUCUUCACUGUGCGCCUCGUGCAGGCGCCCACGGAUCGCGACGGGGAGUACGUGAUGCAGGACAAGAGGACCAUCACGGUGAGUCAGCUGUCGCUGGUAGAUCUGGCGGGCAGCGAGCGCACGAAUCGCACGAAGAACACGGGACAACGCUUGCGCGAGGCAGGUAACAUCAACAACUCACUGAUGACGCUGCGCACGUGCCUGGAGAUUCUGCGGGAGAAUCAAUCGAGCGGAUUGACGAAGAAGGUGCCCUAUCGGGACUCGAAGCUCACGCACUUGUUCAAGAACUACUUCGACGGCGAGGGUCAGGUGAAGAUGAUCGUGUGCAUCAAUCCGCGGGCGGAGGAUUACGAUGAGACGGCUCAGGUGAUGCGCUUCGCCGAGAUGACGCAAGACGUGCAGAUUGCGCGGCCGACGCCUCGAGCGGACAUGGCGGGAUUGACGCCGGGGCGACGCAAGGCGAAUCAGCUGUUCAAGAUAGCUGUGAACAAGCUGGAGUUGCACGAGGAUGCAAACGCCUGGCCGGACAUUGAUCUGGGAAUGGUGUACAGUUUGGGCCCGAAUUUGCCGAAUAUUCAGCUCAAUUCGCCGGAUGCGGACAGUCUGGUGAAUGAUUUGGUUGUGAUGCUGGAGCAGAGAAUUUCCAAGAGGAAUCUUCUUCGGUCUGACUUGACUGCAAGGCAGAAUCACUUCAGGUCUCAUCUUGUGCAGGCGGAGAAGCAGAAUCUCAUGCUGAAGACAGAGAGUGCUUCUGUGAGUGCUGUUCUGGUUCAGGAGCGCAACAAGAUUCACGCUCUGGAGCACAAGAUUGUGUCGUAUGAGGGAUCGAUUGAUGAUCUGAAUAGGAAAGUGCGUGAUCGCGAUGAGAGGAUUCGCAUGUUGGAGGAGAAGCUGAAGGACACGGCGAAUCAAUUGACACAGAAGGAGGUGGAGAAGGAGAAACAGCGCAAGAAGAUCACAACGAAGUUCGCGCACGAGAAGCAGGAGAUGACGAGGGAGUUGGAGCUGAAGUGGCGCGCCCAGAAGGAUAGGUUGGCUAAUGAGAUGCGGCUGAGGGAUGAAAAAUUGCGCCUUGUCACGAACAUCAUCAACUCGGACAAGCUUCCGAUGGUGCCUCAGCGGGAGACGGCGGAGAAUGCCACGCCGUCGUCGACGGUGAGCAGCAGCUCCGGUGCCGCCACUUUGGGCCACACGCCGCGGACGCCCAGGGGCGUGGUAGUGGCCAACGUGAGGCAUCGCCGCUCCCGGUCGGCCGGAGACAAGUGGCUGGCCCACACGUCGGCCACACCAGUGCCGUUGGGGACAAUUCUGCAGCCCUAUUUGCCGAACAGGAAGACCACGACGAAGCUGACGGAGAUGAAGGACGUCACCAAGUCCAACACGUCCAAGUAUUGCCUCAUCUCGCAGGGCGCGGACACAGAUGGCGAGCUGGAGACGCGUCUGUUCAAGGGUGACAUCAUUCCCACAAUGUCGGGCGGGGCGCAGAUCGUGCUGAACGACGUGGAGUGUCUGAAGCAAUCGUCGCCGGUGACGUCGCCAGCCAGGAAGCGCUCCAGCGCCGAGGCGCGAGAUCCGCUGUCGCCGCAAGAAGUGAAAGCCAGGUGCAGCACCGGCAUUGAGGGCCACAGCAGCCACAAGAAGCCGCGAAUCUAAACAAUCCAGCAAGUAUUGCUCUGAUAUUUGAGGUAUUUUUUUUAUAGCUGAAAACUAAAUUCUUGUCCAGUUGAAGUAC